AUGUCGUCGUCGUCGUCGCUGGAGCUGCGCAAGGCGCUGUCCAAGUACGCGCUGCCCGAUGCCAAGGAGCUGAACUACCUGCGCGCUGCCGACCCCAGCAGCUCCUACCGCGCGUCGUUCUUUCGGCUCCAGACGGACGAGCUCUUGGCUGCCGCGGGGCGCAAACUGGGCGCCAAAGCUGCGUCCGGUCUCCAGACGCUGUUGUUCCAAGUGAAAGAGGUCGUAUACAACAUCGAAGACCAGCAAGUGACGCAAGAUGGACUGCAAGCGCGCGGCCUUUUCGUGCGCAAUCACGUCAAGCGGAAAGAGAUUGUCUUGCCGUUCCAGCGCCCCAGUCGUCUGGACGUGGUGGGGAGUUACAUCCUACAGACAAUGGCAUACGCCUCGACAAACCGGUCGUCCGACUAUGGCACUUUGACUGUCGAUGUGACAAUUGAGAUGCCCUCGACGUGCUUUGUGCCGAAGGAUUUUAGUAAUUAUCGGUACUUUGACAAGCGCAACUUGUACCUGGGCGUUCUAGCGUCCGAGUUGCAACGUCAGUGCGACAUUGUGCAGCACGUGAAGCUGCAGACGUGGCACGGCGAGUAUGAAAAGCCGGUAAUGAUGUUGACGAUCACGCCUGCGUUCUUGAGUCAGCAUGGAUUGAAAGGCGUGCGAGUACGUGUGCGCCUCAUACCUGUCAUCACGACGGAGCAUUUCAAGCUGGCGAAGCUGGUUCCAUCGAAGAACAAUGUCAAACACGAAGUGGAUAUGACGGAACAUGAGAUGCAGCAGUGCAGUACGCCACUGUACAACACUUCGAUCUUGGAAGACAUGAUGGUGCGACAGCACACAAAAGAGCUGCAUUUGGUGUUAAAAGAGGCCCCGCACUUUGCCGAAGCGUGCAUUUUGGCCAAAGUGUGGCUACGACAAAGAGGGUUCCACAAAGCAAUGGACUCGGUCAACGGUUUCUUGCUGUCCAUGCUGCUGCUGUACUUGUAUCGGACGAAGCGGAUCCAUGUGCAGACGCCGUCGGACCAAAUGUUCAAGGUGCUGAUGCAGUUCCUUGCUAUUCACAAGCUCGAGGACGAUCCGCUGCAGUUUCCGCCAGCUGAGGACGGCGUGGUACUCACGGCUGAAGGAAUGCAGACCUUUCGCGAUUCAUACGACGUAGUGUUUUUGGACUCGUCUGGCCGCUUGAACCUGUUUAGUCGUGUCACGCGAGGUGCGUGGGAGGAGAUUCGACAUGCUGCUGCAGAGUCGGUGAAGUUGGUGCAAGACUCCACAUUGGAUAAAUUCCGAUCGCUAUUCAUCACGAAGCAUGAGUUUUGGACGCGAUACGAUCAGUACUACUGGUUUCCUGCGCCUGCUCCCGUGGACGACCAUACCGACACGUACACUGUGGAAGAAAAGCGCACUAUCAAUGAUAUGGGCCUUGACCAGUUCUGGCUGCGCAAGCUCAUGUCAGUGCUAUCAAGAGCCUUGACGGAUCGUGUGAGUCUUGUUCGACCCAUUGCUGAGGACAGUGUCGAGUGGGGCAUAAACGAUGACUCGCUUCCGAUACCACGCAAGGUGGCAGUUGCACUGCGUAUAAACUCGGACAAUGCGUGGCGGAUUGUGGACAAAGGCCCACCGGCUGAUGAUAAGAUAGCUAGCACUCGAUUCCGUCAGUUCUGGAGAGGCAAAUCUGAACUGCGCCGGUUCAAGGACGGCGCCAUUAUCGAGGCUGUGGUGUGGGACGGAUUUGGCGCCGAUAACCGCCACUGCGUGCUGGACGCGAUCGUGAACUACAUUGUACCUGCGCACUGCCCCCAGCUUACGUCGUUGCAGAUUAAGACUUCGCACGCAGCUUUGUACUCGGUACUUGGCGUCGAGGAAUCGUCAGUUUCGGAGAAAGCAAAGACCUCCGAUGCGUCAUUUGAAUCGACAAUGAACUCCGUGUCAAAAUUGUGGGUCGUUUUCAACAGCUUUGCAAAGACAUUGCGUGCGUUGGAGACGUUGCCGCUCAAGGUCUCAGAUGUUCUACCAGUGCACCCUGCGUUCCGCUACACGAGUUUGUUUCCUGUCCAACCGCAUCCGCUAGCUUACUCGAAGAACGAGAAGAUUGAUGCUGCGCCAAUGGAUCACGUGAACACUGUGCUGGAGCCGUUAGUUGUCAACGUGAAGUUCGAGCGUUCGUCGGCAUGGCCAAACGAGAAGGAGGCGUUGCUGUUUGCAAAGAUUGGAUUUUACGUGCACCUUGGCCACGAGCUUCAGUCGCGCCUAAACCUCCGCUGUGAGGUGGCCAAGGACUGUGUGGACGUCUUUAUCAGCGGCUACGUCUUUCGCUUGAUAAUUCGCAGCGAAAAAGAGCUGAGCGUUGUGACAGGUGCAGCAGGAGUGAAGAAGCUUGCGCUCGUAAACUCGCCCGAGUAUGUGACCACCAAGCGUGAGGCCGACUAUCUAUUGAAGCACGCAAGCACGGUGCAUGCACUACACACGAAGAACACAUCAUUUGGCCCUACCGUUCGGCUUGUCCAACAAUGGCUAGCCGGUAAGGCGUUGAGCAACGUGUUGUCUAUCGAAGCGGUCGAGCUUCUCGUGGCCGACGUGUUCCUGACUCCUGCAUCCACACCUCGCUCGGUUUUGUCCAGCUUCCUCCGCUUCUUGAAGCGGAUCGCAAAAUUUGACUGGCAAAAUGCUCCGUUCAUCGUAGACUUGACAAGCUCUCUGGACGAGGACAAGCGCCGUGAGAUUCUGAAACGCUUCGAAGCGUCCACUUCGAGUCGAAGUACUCACCCUGCAAUGUUCAUUGCCGCUGACUACGAAGACAUGGACUGCCUGUCAAGCUGGACGCGGUUUACGCCUGAUAAGGUCGUGGUGCAGCGGCUGGUCAUGUUGACUCAAGCUUCGUACGACAUCCUAGUGUCUUGGCUAGCUUCGGGUGCGUCAUGUUCUGGCUGGAAAGCGGCUUUUGCGUCGUCGAAGAUGGAAUUUGAUGCUGUGCUCCAGCUUGCGACGGAAAACCUUCCGACCAAACGAGUUCGCGUCGACGGCAACAAAAAGCACCCGUUUAUGGCACCGGUGUACAAGAACAUGGACCUGAGCGCCGUUCCAGUCAUGAUCGGGUUCGAUCCUGUGCACGACUUGCUGCAGGACCUGGAGCGACUGUAUGGCCGCUUUGCUCUGUUCUUUGUGAACGGCAUCGACACGACGGAGAUUCUGGUCACGUGGAAACCACAAGCAUUUUUGCCAACGAAGUUUCGCGCAAUCACCGCCAACUACCAGAUCCCACUGCCUCAUGACGGUGCAGCAGAGGACGAAGAGUCGACUCGCUGCGUUGCUAUACCCAACAUUUUCGAGAUCUUGUCCGACAUGCAGAGUCUCAGUCACGGCAUGGUCGUGAGUAUCGCAAUGCAGCCGUUCGAAAGCAUGUAA